AGCUUUUAAUCUUAAAAAGAAUGUAAUUCUCAGCCGCAGGGGGCAGAGCCCACUUCAGUGAGACCUCCCUCCCAAAACUGCCGGGAUCCUCUACUUCCACCCUGAGCGAAGCAGGCGCCUUGGCAAAAGGAGUAAAAGCGUCCCAGCUGCCUCCGGCGACGGCGUAGGAAUAGACAUGUCUACGGGGAAGAUCUGUUGUCUGGUGCUGCUGACCCUAGGGGUGCUGGCGGCGGUUGUUGCGCUUGUGGUCAUCCUGACUCAACCCAAGUGCGGUCCUCAGCGCUACCUGCACGGUGCCGUGGCUGCUGACACUGAGACCUGCUCUGUCAUCGGCCGGGACAUCCUGAAAAGCGGAGGCACAGCUGUGGAUGCGGCCAUUGCUGGCUUGAUCUGCACCUCAGUGAUGAACCCUCAGAGUUCGGGCCUGGGUGGUGGGGUCAUAUUUACCAUCUAUAAUGCCAGCACAGGAACAGUCGAGGUGAUCAAUGCCCGCGAGACAGUCCCACGAGUGUUUCCGCACAACUUGUUGUCUGGCUGUGCUGCUGGUUUCCCCAUUGGUUCCCGCUGGAUUGCUGUACCAGGAGAACUUCGUGGGUAUGAAGCAGCCCAUAAGCGAUAUGGCCGCUUACCAUGGAAAGCCCUGUUUGAACCAACCAUCAAGCUCCUUUCAGAGCCACUUGUCAUUUCCCUGGUUAUGGACAAAAUACUCCAUUACCCAAACUUUUCCAGUCCAGGAAAAAGCCUGUGCCCACUGAUAUGUGACGGUCAAAGGUUUUUGAAGCAUGGAGAGACCUUCAGGUGGCCAGCACUGCAGCAAACACUGAGAGCUGUAGCAGAAAAUGGAGCUACAGCAUUUUAUGAGGGACAGAUAGGAAAGGCCCUGGUGGAGGACAUUAGAAAGGCUGGGUCCACUAUCUCACUGGAAGACCUUCAGGCAUACAAAGCAGAGGUGUCUUCAGCUCUGAACAUUACCCUGAACAAUCACACCACGGUGUUUUCUCCUGGACCACCCAUGGGAGGUGCUGUGCUCAUGUUCAUCCUCAAGAUAUUGGAAGAGUAUAAACUCCAUGAAGCAUCACUGGCGACACCCAAGGAGAAGGUGGAAACCUACCAUCGCAUUGCAGAGGCCCUGAAGUUCGGCAGUGUGCUAAAACCCCAUAUGAGUGACCCAGCCUUCUCGGAAGCUCAGAUGACUGUGGGGACCAUGCUGUCUGACAAGAUUGCUGAGCUUGCCAGAAGCCGAAUAGAUGACCGUGGUGACCAUCCACUCAACCAUUACAAUUUGUUGGAGUCCAUCUACAACCACAGAUACAAAAGUAAGGGCACAAGCCACAUCUCUGUGCUCGCUGCAGAUGGCAGUGCCGUGUCCGCCACCAGCACCAUCAACUACCCGUUUGGCUCCUUUGUGUAUUCUAACCAAACCGGGAUCAUUUUAAAUAACGAACUCGCUGAUUUCUGCAUAGCAAACAGAAGCAUUAAACCAGGAGAGAAGCCUCCCUCAGCAAUGGUGCCUUCCAUUCUCAUCUCCAAGACGGGAGACAUGCUGGUGAUCGGAGGAGCAGGUGGGGCCUGGAUUAUCAGUGCCACUGCUAUGGCGAUUAUAAACAAGCUGUGGUUUGGCUAUGACUUGGAACAUGCCAUUUCAGCUCCCAUCAUGCAUGCUGAAGGUGACAACAUCCUGUUUGAGGAACAUUUCAGUGAGGAGGUUAGGAGCGGCCUGCUGGGAAGAGGACAUAAAGAAAAGAAAACUAAGUUUGCAAUGAAUGUUGUGCAGGGAAUUUCCAAGGAAGGAAAAUGCAUCUCUGCUUACUCUGAUAAAAGGAAGCUGGGGAAGUCAGCUGGAUAUUAGCGUGAAAUACCAUCGCAACUCACAAAACCACAGGAGAUAACUAGAUUCAGAACAUGCUUUGGCUUGGACAUGCCAAUAUUGCCUGUUCCCAUCAGGAUGCCUGCUAGAGUACGGGCAACACUUGUGAUUACUCCUAAUUCCAGUAGACUGCAAGUCACCCUCAGGCAAUACAAGGACAGGUCAGCCAGCCUUGUUUAGAGCUACACCCUCCAUUACUUAUGUGAUAUAUGGAAAAACAUAUUUCUUGGGCACAUGAGCUAUUCAGAAUAAGAGAAUACAAAGUGGGAAAGAAAAAUUGGUCCAAAACCCACUGGGAACACCGUGAGA